GGUGCCAGUAAAUUCUCUCUCUAAGCUUUCCUCUGUCAGUCUGUCUCACCAAAGCCCAUACAAUGACUCAAAACUUGAAUUCAAACUGUACACAAACAAUUAAAUUCCUCUACAAUUAUGGUGGUAAAAUCGUCCCUAGUCCCAUUGACGGAAAGCUUCAUUACACCGGCGGUUUCACCCGAGUGAUGUCCGUCGAUCGAUUGACAACUUUCGAAGAACUGAUGGCGAAAUUUGAAGAGUCAUGUGGAGACUCGAUGAAGUUGAAGUUUAAGCUACCAAGCGAAGAUUUAGAUGUUUUAGUUUCGAUCACUUGUGACGAGGAUCUGAAGACUGUGAUUGGAGAAUACGAUCGACUUUCACCGGAGACGAAAAUCACAGCCAUGCUAUUUCCAAUCAAACCACCAAACAAAAUCUCUCCUCCGCGUUAUCCGAUGUCGUGUUUUGAUUUCCCAUCCGCUCUGCGUAAGCCAGUUCCUGCAGCCACCGCAUGUUAUCAUGCUCACCCGACGUACCGGCGUUUCUCUCCGGAGGUUGGAUUUCCAGCGACUGCAAGGAAGUACAAUUGCUAUCGGGAAAGGAACCCUAGCCAUUUCUGCUACGCGCCGAACAUGAAAUAUUCCCAUUCUCGUCCACAGUAGGUGCAAAAGCGUGGAAAAAUUGAAAGCCAAAAUUAAUUGGUUUUCUUCCUCUUUCCAAAUCCUUUUAGGAUUAUUAUAAAUUCGGCGCUAGAAAUAUUCAGUGAAUUUAGAACUGAAAAAGAAAUUAAGUACAAAGUUUUUGGCUAAAGUAAAUAUUAAAAUUGGAAUAUUAAAUUUAGAUUUCUGUGAAUUGUUGUAAAGGUGUUAUUAAUUCGUGAUUCUCAGAUUUUGCUGUGAUAACAUGAA